UCACAUGGUCAUGACAUCACCAAAGGUCCUUGCACCCUUGUUUUUGUUGCUAUGGUAGCCAGAGCGUCUCCGUGUCUGGGGCAGAUUAGCGCACCAGGUGUCUUGCGGUCAUCAUACAUCCCGGCUGAGAGCGGUACCGGCGCCGAAAGCAUGGUGAAGCUGUCAGCCAAGUGCCUUGUAGCUGGUGACUCCACUGUUGGGAAGAGCACGCUAAUCCAGCUGUUUCGUAGUGAUGGAAGCCACUUCACAAAGAACUAUAGCAUGACAACCAUCAUGGAUGUCAUAACGAAAACGGUGCAGAUUCCAGAUACAGGUGACAGUGUGGAGCUCUUUCUUUGUGAUUCUCCGGGGAAGGCAAUGUUUAAUGAGAUGACAGAGGUAUUGUGGGAUCAGCCUGGUGCCUUUUGCUUGAUAUUUGAUGUCACAAGCGAGAUUUCGUUUAGUAACUGUGCAAAGUGGUUACAACGAGUAAAAUCGAAGACCACAAGCCCUUACUUACCCGGAGUUCUGGUGGGAAAUAAGACAGACCUCACUGGCCGUAGAGUAGUGGAGAAGAUCCAGGCUGAAGAGUGGGCAGCGAGCCAUGGGCUGGAGUAUUUUGAGACCUCAGCGAAGGAGCUGGAAAACUUUGAUCAACCAUUUCGAGCCUUGGCCAAGUCAUUCCAUCGUCUGUACCAAGAGAGAGUGGAGAGCUUCAAGAGUCUUCUGUAGAGUCUUCAAUAGGAAAAUGAUCUGAUGGCUAUGGUGAUAAUGAUUCAAAGUGACCAUGUUAAUGAGUUGGACUUUUACCUUAUGGAACAUUCCAUCAUUUUGGGAAUAAGGCCCUGUAUGCGGUAUAUAUUUGGUUUGUUUUUAACAUGUUUUUAUUUAGUGAAUAGUACAUAUGUGUUUCUAUACAAAAAUAAAGAUUUAUACAGGUUCUGCUUUUUAAAAGACUUUUACAGAUGUAUAUGGCACAAGUAGGAAUACUGCAUGGAGUGCUGCAGUAUUUCCGUUUUUCUUGUAUACAAGGGGUCCAAGGGCUGGGGCCCAACACUGCCCUCAUAGACUAUGGUAACAACAAAAAUCUGUGGUGCUGUUUAACCUUUGGAUGCGUAUGGUACAAAUGGAGAUAUGUGAGAUAAAGCAAUGAUCACAGGGCAGUCAGUUUUUAAAUACUUCUAGUAAUUAAUCUGUUUAAGGUGGGUUCACAUUACGGUUAGAAAUUCCGUUAUAGUGUUCUGUUAUAACAGAGAUAUAACGGAAUUUUAGGACGGCAUGCAAAACGGUACCCUUUAAGAGGCAUUCCAUUUUGCUUCAUCCUAAUACAUGUCUAUGGGCACAAAUAUCGGUUCCGUCAGGACUUUUUUUAUCAUGUAUAACGAAACAAAAAGUAACCGUUAUUACAUAGUGUAAAAAGGUACAAGGAAUCAUCGUGGAUGAUAGGUACGUGUCAACGAGGUUCCUGGCCUCGGUGGAGUAAGAGACGGUUUUUAUGUGUCGGCAGCAGUUGCUGUUUGACACCUU